AUGCCACAGUCAUUCACUCACUUCGGUACGCUCUUUUCACUAGUCUUGGCAUCAUGUCACGGAGUUCUAAGUCAUGGCUCUUCCUCCCAGGACAUCCGCUCCUUGGAACGAACAUGGCACAUGGCUCACAAACGAGCUUUGGACGGCUUCUACGUCAUUGAUCAACAAGAAGGCAGCGAGUGGGGUUGCACGGAGGAGAAAAUCAAGGGAAUAGAUAACAGUAUAAAGGAUGCCCAAGCUUUGGCUUUCAUGGCAUCUACUGUGCUCGCAGAGAACGAGGCGGAGUUUUCUGACGCGUACCUCUUCUGGUUUGGUGAGACAAACGCCAAGGCAAGCACAAGAAGUGCGAUAAAAAGACUUCACUACGAUCCUGUGAAUGACAUAGUUAAAGCAGCAGGGUCACGGAACCGGGUUGCUGACAUGCUUAUGGACAAUCUCAGCCCCACGGGACUCACGUAUAUGUGCGCUGCUGGAGACAGCGAUAUUUGCGCCGGCGGCAUGGCCGCUGCAGCUCACCAACACGGUGCCGGAGGUCUUUCAGGCCAUUCCAUCGUGUUCUGUGACCGGUUUUUCACCGCCAACUCACAACAGGACAUGUUGAGGAAGUGGCAGAACACAAGAACGCUGAGUGCUUCAUCGGGGUUUUGGCUACUACAUGAGGUGCAACAUCUGAGUGCCAUCGUCAGUGAUUCAGCGCGAUGCAUCGAUGUUCCAGACCCGAAUCGAUCCGAUGGUAGUGGGUGCUACGACCCGGGUUGCUGUUCGACGUUGAAAGAUAGUGACAAAAUUCGAAAUGCUCAAAACAUGGCUUUCUUCGCUUUGGAAGUCAUGGCGGAUCCUGAGCGUGGUGCAGCACCAGGUCAGUCAUGCACCAUCAUGAAAAGAGACUCACAUAACGUCUUCUCAAGAGGACAAUACAACGAUAUGGCCGAGAGCCACUACGAUUUGCGUAACGAACUUGAAAGUCUGCUUCGCAGGCAGGCAAAGUCAUCGUCCGCCAGACAGUCACUAUCUAGAACAAACAACACAAUGUCAAGCGUGCCAAGAGCCCGAUCAACCCUGUCGACCUCAUCCGGCUCAAGAAGGCCUAGCAAUCCCGCGUCGUCUUCUGGACCUAAAAGACAGGCUACAUCCUCAUCUGCUCCGAAGGACACUACUUCAGGACCUUCAAGACCUCGUCCCACAAACAGUGGUCCCAGGUUCACCACUCUCCCACCUGUAUCUGUGAGCUCCGCAUCUGGGGCUUCAUUUUCAAUGGCAUAUUCAACAGCUUCAACCAGAGACAGCAACGGAGUUCCAAUUGUACCGAUUGUCCCAGUUCCUAUUCCAGUCGCGCCGGUUGCGCCGGUACCUCCAGUUGUGCCACCCGGAGGUGGAGGGAACGGCGGCGGAAAUGGUGGUGAUAAAGGCAACGAGAACAAAGACCCCAAGUCAGGGCAACCGUCUUCUCCGCCAUCAUCCCCCGCACCUUCUCGGACAUCCACCCCGACAUCGUUACCAGUCAGCCUCAGCGAGUCAUCAGCAGCUCCCUGUUCAUCAAGACCACCUCUCGCAGUUCCCUCCGGGGGCGGUGCCUCUCCAGACCGGGAUGGGUUUCCUCAGGCAGUCUACGACCAACUUGCUGCUGAAGCCAAGUCGACAAAAGUCGCACCCUCUUCUACUUUCCGCACCUCAACAUCUGGCCUGAAAACCAUUGUCCCUUCAGCCACGCCUUCCGCUGUGGUUAAUCCUGUUGCUUGUUACAAUUUUGAUAUCAAUGCCUACGGAUACUGCUGUCCUGGGCCAGGGAACCCAUGCGAGAAGGAUAUAGGUAAAUGCUAUUUUAAUGGACAGGGAGUUUCUGGUGGAAGUAGCGGUGUUGUGCCUGAUGGUGCGAGAUGCCCACCUCCGGAGGGUGCUGAAUAUUGCAGAGGACCUUGCGAAGAGUAG